CUAAGUAUUUAAAACGAGUAUAACAACACUUCACAGUUCAUUCCACCAGAAACAGAAGCGAAAGGGAGAACCGAGAUCGAGGUCAUGGCUUCUCUCGGUUUUGUUCCGUUUCUUCUUCUAUUAUUUUUAGAAGGAACCACUGGGAGAUCAUUAUACCCACUUCCAAGUAAGAUUGAAAAUAAAUACAAGCAGCCUUUACAGACAUUUCGACCGUAUAAUAUUGCUCAUCGGGGAUCAAAUGGAGAGAUUCCUGAAGAAACAUCUUUUGCAUAUAUGAGGGCAAUUGAAGAAGGAGCUGAUUUUAUAGAAACCGAUAUUCUUGCCAGCAAAGAUGGCGCAUUGAUAUGUUUCCAUGAUGUCACCCUUGAUGAUACAACUGAUAUAGCUAAGCACAAGGACUUUGCACAUCGAAAAAGAACAUAUGAGGUACAAGGGUCCAAUGUUACUGGAUUUUUUGUUGUGGAUUUUACACUUGCAGAACUUAAAUCUCUAAGGGUCAAGCAACGAUACAAGUUUCGAGAUCAACAGUACAAUGGGAAGUUCUCAAUCAUCACGUUUGAGGAAUUCAUUGCAAUUGCAUUAGAUGCAAACAGAAUUGUUGGAAUUUACCCGGAGAUUAAAAAUCCAGUUCAUAUCAAUGAACAUGUCAAAUGGGCUGAUGGGAAAAAGUUCGAAGACAAGUUUGUCGAAACUCUUUUGAAGUAUGGGUACAAAGGUGCAUACAUGUCAGAUAAUUGGCUGAAGCAGCCGGUUUUUAUACAAUCCUUUGCUCCUACUUCUCUUAUUCAUGCCUCCAAGUUGACGGAUUCACCUAAAAUCUUCUUAAUUGACGAUGUCACAAUACCGACCCAAGAUACAAAUCAGUCAUAUUGGGAAAUAACUUCAGACAGUUAUCUUGAAUUCAUAAAAGAGUAUGUGAUCGGCAUCGGUCCAUGGAAAGAUACCAUUGUUCCCACACAUAACAAUUAUCUGUCAGUGGCCACUGAUCUUGUUGCGAGAGCGCAUGCUCAUAACUUACAGGUGCACCCAUACACAUUCAGGAACGAAAACAUGUUCCUGCACUUCGACUUUCAUGAGGAUGCAUAUGCAGAGUUUGAUUAUUGGGUAAAGACAGUUGGAGUUGAUGGAUUGUUCACAGAUUUCACAGGAAGUCUUCAUCAGUAUCAGGAAUGGACAACUCCAGUACCUGGUAAAGAUGACAAAAAUUCUAGUGCAUUGUUGCAUAAAAUUGCACUCUUGAUCUUAUCUCAAGAUAAAGUAUGAUAAUGGUCUUUCUUUUUUUUUUAAGUUUUUCAGUUGCUAUUUGUCCAAUGUUAAUCCAGCAUAUAAAAACGAGUAUUAUUAAAUUGCAAGGCCUUGAUGAUUGGCUGAACUCAUUAAAGGUUAGAUUAUUUUUUAGUCUCUUGAAUUGUUGGUUUUUUAUCAAAUAAAUUAAUGUCUUU